AUGGCCCUUUCACCAGCGCGGCCGCUCUGCACCGAAGACGUCCUCACCGGCAGCACAGAGGAAGAGGAGGAGAUGAGAGCCAAGGCCGAAGAGCUGCAGGGAGCCGCGGAGGGCUGGAGGAAGGAGCCCUUUGGCCGAGUGGAGCCGCCGGAGGUGCCCAGCCAUGGUGUGGCCAAGCCGCCUGCCGGCACCAGGCCGUACCCGCUGGGGAAGGACGUUGGCAGGAGCAAGUACGAGUGCAACGUUUGCGCCAAGAGCUUUGGGCAGCUCUCCAACCUCAAGGUCCACCUGAGGGUACACAGCGGUGAGCGGCCCUUCCAGUGCCCCAUCUGCAAGAAGCGCUUCACGCAGCUGGCACACCUGCAGAAGCACCAACUGGUGCACACCGGCGAGAAGCCCCACCAGUGCCCGACGUGCCACAAGCGCUUCAGCAGCAGCAGCAACCUGAAGACCCACCUGCGGCUGCACUCGGGCGAGAAGCCCUUCCAGUGCCACCAGUGCCACAGCCGCUUCUCCCAGCACAUCCACCUCCAGCUCCACCAGCGCUUGCACCAGCGCUUGCACCACCAGCGCAAAGCCCCUCGAAAGCCCCAGCUCUCCGAGACCUUGGAGACCUUGGAGACCUCCCAGCAUUAG